CCGAGGGAGACAUCCACGAGCUGCUCCGCGGGCUCUUCGCGGCCCGGCGCGGGAGCGGCGCGGCCGGCAGCGGCGGGCCCGCGGGGGGCGCGCCCGAGGCUUUCGGGCCGAACCCGGACCUCCGGGGACCUGCCCCCCGUGUACGGCGCAGGGCAGGCGCCGUACGAGCCCUUCUCGGGCAGGGGCCAGCGCCUGAGCGAGGAGGACUCGACGGCAGCGGCGCGCCCCCGGCGGGCGGGGCGGCGGCGGCGGCGGGCGCGGCGGCGGGGCGGGACGCGUGGGCGAUCACGUUCGCCACGAACCUGCAGGUCGCGCGCUCCAGCCGCCGCAGGAGCCGCGAGGAGGCCCGGAAGGUCUACCACUGGACCUUCAGCGGCCAGGCCGUGAAGGCCACCCCCACGGGCACGGAGAGCUACUCCAAGGGCCACAGCGCGGGCCAGAAGAGGACAUUCCAAGGGCAAAUCGACGGAGCCGCCGGGAUGGCCAAGGGCAAAGGCGCGUAAGGGGGGCGCGGAUUAGCCUAGGCCAAUAGAUCGCGGCUGCCGGUGAGCGUUCCUCUCGCCGGCCCGCUGCUGCUGUGCAUCCUGCUGCUGUCUGUUGC